AUGUGUCUGGUCUUCUAAUCUGCAUUCAUUUUGAUUCGUUUGUGGUGAAGUUUUACAAUGAUGAGUGUUUACCUGAUUUGCUUGUGGGAUGUUUAUUCAUCUUCCUGUUAAUAAUUUGUCCGUCUCCCACUUUUCAAUGUGUUUCCCCAUUAAUUUCCUAACUGCAAAAAAGUGUUUGUGUGUUAAGUGCAUUGGUUGCCCCCAAGGCCACAGAGCAUUUUAAUCUAUUUUAAUUGUGCAAACCUACACUUGAAUCCCUUCCGCAACAUAACAGUCUGGAGGUGACUGCGCAGCAGCUGAGUUAUAGCUCAUGUGACUAUUUUGAUUUAUCUUAACUUGCUCCUUCCCUGCAUGGCUUUCUUACUGUGCCUUUAAGUGGUGUGGUUUUGCUGUGUGAGAGUGUGUGUGGCCAGAAACAGCAGCGGCAGUGCUGUCCGUGAGAGGGUGCAGUUUGUAAGAGGCUUUUUUUUUGUUCCUCCACCAUGGCUGGCUGCUGCAGCUUGAAGAAUGUGUGCGAAUAUGAAACUAACAAGGUUGUGCGCAUCCAGAGCGUCUACUAUGGGAGCCUCAAGUGGGCCAUCCAUUCUGUCGUCUUCAUGUAUGUCUGUGUUGUCCUUAUUGCUGACAGGCGCUAUCAGAGGAAGGACUCCGUCAUCAGCUCUGUGCACACAAAAGUGAAAGGGGUGUCUCAGUCUGAAGCAAGGAUCUGGGACACAGUGGAGUACACUCUCCCUAUCCAGGGAAUAAAUUCAUUCUUUGUGCUAACCAAUAUCAUCAAGACAGAGAACCAAGUCCAAGGACUUUGCCCUGAGUUUCCCCUUGCCAAAGCUGUUUGCUCUACCGACAAGAGCUGUAUGAAAGGUCGUGUGGACCCUCAGAUUAAUGGAAUUCAGACCGGCAAAUGUGUGAACUACAACACAACCAUCAAAACAUGUGAGGUUGCAGCUUGGUGCCCGGUGGAGUCAAUUAAAAGGGCUCCAGAGCCUGCCAUUCUGAGAAGUGCUGAAAACUUCACCGUGCUGAUAAAAAACAACAUCCACUUCCCGAAAUUUAAUUAUACAAAAAGAAACAUUUCACCGGAUUUUAAUAUUUCCUGUACAUACAACAAGUUCAGUGCUCCGCAUUGUCCAAUUUUCCGGCUGGGAGAUAUUCUCCAAGCAGCAGGAGAGAACUUCUCAGAAGUGGCUGUUCAGGGUGGCAUCGUGGGCAUCGAAAUUAACUGGGAUUGCAACCUGGACAAAUGGCUUCACCGCUGCGAACCCAAAUAUGGUUUCCGGCGUCUGGAUGACAAAAAAACAAACGAAGCCUUGUACCCUGGAAACAAUUUUAGAUUUGCAAAGUAUUACAAGCAGGCUGGUGGGAAGGAGGAGAGAACCCUGAUCAAAGCCUAUGGCAUUCGCUUCGAUAUCCUCGUGUUUGGCAUGGCCGGACGAUUUGAUUUCUUUGAGCUCCUGGUAUAUAUUGGUUCCGCACUCUCCUAUUUUGGCCUGGCACAGUUUGUAGUUGAUUUUCUCAUUACUUCAUAUUCAUGCCGUUGCUUCAAGUACAACCCAGUGAAAGAAUAUUACAUCAAGAAAAAGUGUGAGUUGGUGCCGGGACCAAGAUGGACUCUACUUUAUGUGACUUUUGUUGAUGAGCCACACAUCUUUAUGAUAGACAAAUUUUUGAGGACGAGCCUACAGAAAGUUAAAGGCGAGGUUAUUCACAGGAAUACUGGUGAUUUUAUGCGUGCUGCCAAAAUCCAGCUGCAACAUCCGGAUGAAGUUGUGUCUCUUGUUGGGAACUCUGAAGAGAUGCAGCCUCUUCAGAGCCAAGGGGGACCUGCUGCUUCUUCUUCUUCCUCCUCCUCCUCCUCUUGUGAGCGCCCUGCCUGGUGCAGCUGUGGGAAAUGUCGUCCAGCCAAGGGCUACUGGGAGCAGCUCUGUUGCCGAAGGAAAAACGGGGCCUGCAUCACAACUUCUGAUCUGUUUGAGCGACUUGUCCUUUCCCGGCCGAUGCUGAAGUUUGUUCUCCUCUACAAAGAGCCCUUGUUGGACCUGAGUGGCGAGGCAUCCAACAGGCAGUUUCGGCACUGCGCUUACAAGCAGUACAUUGACUGGCGCUUUGGGGAGGAGGACCUGGAAGAAAGGGCUCUGAUCCCCAACUGCUGCAGGUGGAAAAUCCGGGAUGCCUUCCCCAGCGAGAACGGCGAAUAUGCUGGCUUUGUGAAAAAGGCCUAGCGGACCGUGGAGACUCUGCACUGUGGCUUUGGGGACAGAACAGAUUCAGAGGGCGAGGCAGUGACCCCUUUUGCAAAAAAAACAAAAAACCACCUCUUCAACAAUCCUGCCAUUCUGUGCUUCUUGUUCCAAUUAAUCAAAGUCAGCACUUGCAGAGCAGCAUGGUAUAGUGGUUAGAGUGAUGGAUGAGGACGAGUUCAAAUCUCCAACCAGCCACGAAGCUCACACUGGAUGACUUUGAGCCAGUCACCCUCUCUCAGCCUAAUUUACCCCGCAGGGUUCUUGGGAGGAUAAAAGGAUUGGGGAAGGAAGAACCACAUAUUCUGCAGCCCAGAAUUCCUUGGACAAAGAGUGAGCUAUAAAUGC